CUACGGUGAUAGAGUCGUCGCGCGUUUGUAAUGAGUGCACAUUGUGUUUUCUUUUCACUGUGAAAUUUACACGAGAUUCGAAUAAUGGAGGCUACAAACCUAGCGAUCUCACCGCGAGAGACCCUCAAGCCCAGAGCCGAGCACAAAACGCUGCAGAUGAAUAGUAAACCUAAUCAAGUCAGUACGGUCCUGCUUUACGGCGUGCCCAUAGUCUCCUUAGUGAUCGAAGGCAUAGAACGGCUUUGCCUAGCCCAGAUCUCGAAUACCCUGCUCAAACAAUUUUCGUACAACGAGAUCCACAAUCGGCGAGUCGCACUGGGUAUCACCUGUGUCCAAUGCACUCCAGUGCAACUAGAGAUAUUACGAAGAGCUGGAGCGAUGCCGGUCUCAUCUCGGCGUUGUGGAAUGAUAACCCGCCGGGAAGCAGAGAGACUGUGCAAGUCGUUUUUAGGAGACAACGCUCCCCCGCGACUCCCUGAUGACUUCGCUUUCGCUGUCCACCACGAGUGCGCUUGGGGCUGCCGCGGUGCAUUUUUGCCGGCAAGGUACAACUCGUCACGCGCUAAAUGCAUCAAAUGCGCAUACUGCGGUCUCUUCUUUUCACCGAACAAGUUUAUUUUCCACUCGCAUCGGGUCGGUCCCGGAGAUAAGUACGUGCAACCCGACGCCGCGAACUUUAAUUCGUGGAGGCGGCAUAUGAAGCUCAGCGGAAGCCCACCAGACGAAGUGGUACACGCUUGGGAAGAUGUCAAAGCUAUGUUUAAUGGGGGCACCAGGAAGAGAAUGCUGUCUGCAGCUAGGAGAGUGUUCGUUCGCAGGCCGGAAUCUGAUAGCAGCAACGAAGCCAAAAGGCCGACAGUCAGUCCACCAAGCGCUCAUGCUCCAGUGCCUAGACUAGCUGACUACGUCUGGGGAGCCAGACUGCCCCUCCCUUACGCCAUACCUUGGCUGAAACCCACACUGUGGUCGCCAGGAGCUCUGACGGCUUUAAGCAGCGUUGGUCCCAUGGAGGAGCCACGGGCGUUUCGACCAGUGCGUCGACUUGAAUCACCACAGCUGUCCCCCGCUAGAUCACCCGUUAGGUCUCCAAAUAGGUCGCCGGUGCACACAUCGCCGAGCCGCAGCCGAUCGCCGGUCCGGACUCCGCUGCGUUCUCCGGAGUCCCCGAAGAGCGACCGAGACAGUGACGAAAGCGUCGACAUCGAAACCACUGAAGAUGACCAGCAGAGGAACGUGCAAUGCGCAUGGCCAUGUCGCAGUGCUCCUACUCCGCGUCCAGAAGAGUCCUGGCCAACGCUGGUGCCGAAGAUCGAGAGAGAUGAAGAGCCAAGGGAGCCGUGGAGACUGCCCGACUUGCGACCAUCACUUCACUACAUGCACGACCGUGAAGUUGACAAUUGCGUGGCGUGUGUAGCACCAUUACCUCUCCUUCCGCCACCGGCACCAGCGCAGCAUUAGAUUCUGUUGAAAAAUCCGAUAUCGAAGAAGUAUCCUAAUUUCAAAAUUUGCUAAUAAAUUCUCGUUAGUAAAAUUACGCUAUUGCAUUAUGUACAUACUUUUUGUUUGUGCCGUUUUUAAUUAACAGCUAGAGCCACCUAGUGGCAAUUAAGGGGAUAAGAAAAUUGUGUAGUUUUAUUUAUGAACAAUAGAUGGCGCUGAACAAUAGUUGUGAGUUUUCGUUGUCCCAGUAGAAUUAAAAUAAAUAGUAUGUAAUAUCUAGUCAAUUUUAAUUUUUAUAAAAAAUGUAUUUCCAAAAAAAAUUCUGGCAAGCACAACAAAAACACAAUUAUUGAAUGUUCGUACGCUUUGUGUCCUUAAUACCCCAAGCUCCAUAGGUAUAUAAUAUUAUGUAACUGCUUCACAUUAUCAAUAUAAAUUAUUGAACUAUCAAACUUGUUUAUACAUGUAUUUGACUUUUUGGCCGGAUCGCGGGUAGCGUACAUGAUAGUUGUGUGAUUUGUUUUAUUUUGUUAACUUAGUGCUUUUUAAGGUUUAACCGUGGAUUUAUGGCCUAUUAACCGUUUAGCGCAUCUGUGAAAGUGCUUAAGUGUGGAAAAAUUUAAUAAGACCGCUGGACGUGGCGGUAUCAUCAGGAUCUUCCAAAAAGUCAAUUUAAAUAUCAGUAAAUAACCACUAUUUUGCUGAACCUUUAUUUCGUCCCUACUCAUCUAAUCCUACUCUUCUAAUCUAAUCUAAUCUAAUCUAAUCAAUUAACUAAAGUCUCAAAUAAAACAAUUUUUCAUAAAACUUGUAAUGCGUUAUCCAUGUAAUACACCAUUGUCAUACUCUACUGUAUACUAGUCUAUUGGUAAGUCACUUAAUAAACUUCUUUUAUUUUAAACAUAUAAUUUUUUUGCAUUACACCUGACAACAGACUUUGUCGUAAAAUUAAAAUAAAAUUCAAGCUCGGACGCAUAUUGUCCGGUCCUCCUGUUUGGGAAUUCACCAUAAGGGAACGUACUCUGUGGAUGCACCUUACAUGUGGCGACGCAGAUAGUGUGUGUCUAGAUUAAUCAUAUUACGAGAACUAGGAUGUACUUGCAAGUCAUUAAAAAUUUAUGUGUACGCUUUGGAGACAUUUAAUUUUCUGUAUUAAUAAAGUGUUCAUUUUUUAAAUCCAUUUAAAGAUUACGUUUAUUCAUGUUCCGAAGUAGUAUUCAUAAUGUUUACCUUUUGCUAACAUUCUAAUGCACCUAUUAUAAAAAAGUAACCAUUUAAAUUGGAAUUUGUAAAAAAGUUUUGAUACGUUAUCGGAUACAUCUAGUCAUGUCGUUUAUCAAUUAUGUUAUUGUUUUUAGUAGUUUUAAGGUCAUAUCAAAUCGAUGGUUGUGUUUUCGAUUUGUAUUUUAACCUGUACGAAAAAUAGAAAGUAAAACAUAAUUAAUGAUUUUAAUUUUAUGCAAUAGAUAUUUAUUAUUUUGGAAGAUUUGUAUUUAUGUUUACUAUUCUUUGCAAAAUAUGGCAGGAUUCCUCUGUGUACAAUGGUUUCAGGUUCAGUCUUACUUACCAAUAUUAAAUUAAAUUUAUAAUAGCUACUCUCUAAUUCUCAAAUAAUUAUAAUUAGUGAAUAUGUUAGUGAACCAAACAUUUUUAAGUAUAAAAUGUAUUUUGUAGUUACAAUCUGAUUUAGCGGCUCAUUUUUUAAAUUGUAAAUAGUAAUCAUCGAAGCAAUAUGUCUUAGAAUAUAAUAUGUAUAUAACAUUUUGAGUUGUUCAACAAUGUACUUAGCCAGUGUGUAGUAAUAUUGAUUAAAGUCUAUUGUAAAGUAUACUUAGUAGUUAUAUGUUUCGCUAUUACGUCAUAUCAAGUAUGCAGGUCUAGCAAAAAAAAAAACAAAUAGUCCGAAUAGACGUCUCUCUUUCAUUUGAAAAUGGUUAGAAAUUAAUAAAUAUAAUCAUUUUAGAAACCUAUGAAAUACAUGAUGUACAGACAUAGGUAUCUUCGAACUUAUUGUAGAUAUCAAAAAGUAAAAAGAUUUACCGAUUAAAAAAAUCAUGAUUUCUUGAUUUUUAUUUUCAAAUGUACUAAUCUUAGAAAUGAAAUGAUUUUUGAUAAAAUAUUAUGUAAUUACCUUUUAUUAACUAUUAUUAUAUUUAUUAUCUUUGUCAUUUAAUAUAAAGCAACUUUGUAGUACAUUGAUGAAAUACAUACAUUGUAAAAUACAUACAAUAACAUUGGCUGCUAAUUUAAGAUAUGUUUCAUCAUAAACAUUUUUAUGUAAAGACAUUGUAGUAAAUUCUGUUUUGCAAGUAACUUCUGUUUCAUUGAAGAUAAUUGAAGAAUCAUUAUUCUUUUUUUUUUCAUUUUCAUGGUUGAAUAGAAUUCAAUGUUAAUGAUUAUUUUAUACAUAUCAUAAAAUAAUGUUAGAGAUAAUGGAUCUACUAGCAAUAACCAAUAAAGAACUUGAAAGAACUAUGAAAA